AUGCUGACGGCCCGUCGCUUGCUGCUGAAGCGGUCUGCGCUCAUCCGACGAUGCUUUGCCUCCAGUGUGACACAAGUCAUUGAGACAGUGGAUCAGUUCCGCCGCGUGCGUCGCGCGUUAGCGUCUGCUGCCACGUUGGGGUUCGUUCCGACCAUGGGGGGUCUCCACGAUGGACACAUGGCGCUAAUCCAGCAGGCGCGGAGCUCGUGCGACUUCGUGGCUGCCAGUAUCUUUGUCAACCCGACUCAAUUUGGACCAAACGAGGACUAUUCCAAGUACCCUCGUACGUUUGACCAGGACAUGGUCCGGCUGCAGCAAGCAAACGUGGACUUUGUGUUCCGCCCCUCGGUCCAUGAAAUGUACCGGCCACAUCAUCGGUGCUACGUCGAGCCCGAGGGCUUCGACGACUUGGUCGAAGGUCAGUGCCGCAAAGGCCACUUUCGAGGUGUCGCGACAGUCGUCACCAAGUUGUUUAACAUUGUGCAGCCCACGCACGCGUUCUUUGGCCAAAAAGACGCGGCACAGGUCGUGCUCGUCAAGCGGAUCGUCUCGGACUUGAACAUCCCCGUGGAGAUUGGCAUUGUGCCCAUUGCACGUGAACCAAACGGGCUUGCGCUCUCGACGCGCAACCAGUACUUGAGCUCUGCAGAGCAAAAAGCAGCGGGUGUGUUGCAUCAUGGCCUUGUACAUGCGCGGGACUUGUUCGAGGCAGCAAAGACAGCGGGACAAACAGCAGUUGGUGCAGAGCUGCUGCGUGCGGUUGUUUGCCGAGCGUACGAACGCGAACCGCUGGUGACCGCCAUCGACUAUGUGUCGGUGGGAUCCAAAGAGACAAUGCAAGAGGUGGCUGAAGUCGGUACACUCGACGGAGCCAUCAUUUCCGUCGCUGUCAAAGUCGGAAACUGCCGUCUGAUCGACAACAUCGUGCUUUAG